GUUCAGUUGUUCACAUUUUAGAUGGUGACAAUCCCCUUCCCCGGUGGCUUUGAAGCUGGAGCUGGUCUCCUCAUGUCUUUAGACGCUUGACCAUGAGCUCUCUCCAACAAUUCCUCCUUCAUGUGAAACGAGCCCGUGCUGCCAUCAACCAGAAAAGACAGGCAGACAGCAGGAGGAACGCUUCCAGACAUAGUCUAUUUCAAUCUCAAUUUUCUUCGUCGUCGGUUAUCGACAGAGUCCCUUCAAUACCAACGUCCUCACCCUGGGAUCUCCUUCCGGUAGAAAUCCAGAUCAAGAUAUUCGCCUACUGCGGGAUUACGGAUUUUCCUCCCCUCAAACUCGUUUGCAGAGCAUUUAACCAGAUCCUCUCCACGCAUGAGCAGUCAAUAGCUCGGCAAUACCUCCGUCAACGGCGCCAUGGAACACUCCCGUCUCCGCUAGAUAGCGAAAGAGUUUAUACGAGAAACCCGGAAGACGAUGUGGUGCUAUUGUCGGAUCUCUUUCCUCCAGCAAAGAGGGCACGAGGUGGCCAUCUGUAUACUUUCCGCUAUAUUUAUAGUCUUCGUCGGCGGCAGAAGCUCUGUUCAAAGCUGUGCAAUUACCUCGCGGACCGAGUCAUGGACCGAUUCGUGCACAGUGAGCCGACUUACAUGAAAUCUUUCUUCCCUUCGAAAAUAGAGCGAAAUGACUUUGUGAAAGGAACGACGGCGAGGAUUUGGUUUUACCUUACACCAUUAAUGUUUUAUACCUUAUACUUCCUCGAGACAUAUUCCCUUGCUAGACGGGAGCAAACCAAUAUUCUUUUACGCGACUUUGAAGCAGGACGACUACCCGUUCCAAUACCUCCUCACAUCCGCAAAAAUAUGUAUCGAGAGCUGCAGAUAAAGAUCAUCCAAGCGCCUCCGUUUACUGACACGUCUACUCUUAUAUCCACCCACCACUGCAUGCAGCUUUUAGUCUCAUAUCUACAAUACACAGUACCUCCCGACGAACGUGGGGAUUCAGAUGAUAGCUGGAUCGGCUCCCUGCUUACUGUUUCACCCUUCCUGCGGAUCGUGGAGUACUUCUCAGCGGAGAUUGGGGACGGUGGCAACCAGCGAAUGCAGCGGAGAGAUUUCAUGUACAAUUUUCAUCAGGAUAUCAUGCAAAACGAGAAGGACGACAUGAACUCUCUGGUUUUUGGGAGCGCACCCAGCGUCCACCUCCAUAGUUCGGUGCAGGACGUUUGGUUUGAUGUUGUCAGAGCUGAGCUAGCGUCAAGAAGGACAGGCAGACAUGCUGUAGAAUGCAUUCUUGUCUGGCAAGAUCUACCCAUUAUCUUUGGUUGUCCUGACUGUCAGUCCGGGGCGUCUGGCGGCUGGUGUGCAUAAUAUAGAUAUACCUUCGGGGGGUUUCUCUACAUUCUUUUGUUAUUUUUUGCAUACGGCGUUCUCAAUUGGGAUUCGGGAGAUGAAUGGAUGAGCAUUUUGGCUAAUGCAUUGGCAAGCUGGAGCGAAUUUCUUUUCUUUGCUUAUGCUCGUCCUAAUUUUUUUGUCUAGAUUUCAAACAUUACUGAAAGCAUUAUACAGGAAGCUGCUAU